AUGUCCCCCGUCGCCUGCUGCUCCGCCGGCCCCAUCCUGGGCGGCCUGUGCCCCGUGCCGGCGGCACCGUCCGUCACCCUCUGCUCCGGCGACGUGAGCUGCGGAGAUGCCCUCUGCCUGCCCGGCGCCUGCCCGGGGGGCUCCUGGCUCCUGGACAACUGCCAGGAGACCUGCUGUGAGCCGUCCGGCUGCGGCCCGGUCGGCUGCGGGUCCGGCCCCUGCAACGUCUCGUCCUGCCGCCCCUCCACGUGCUACGUCUCCGGACCCGGCCGGGCCGUGAGCUGCCUCCCCCUGACCUCGUACGGGUCCGGCCCCUGCGCCCCGGCCUGCGGUCGGCCGGUCGCCUACGUGGCCAGCGCCGGCCAGUUCCCGAGCUUCGCGGCCGGCGGCUGCCGCCCCUUCAGCUCCCUCUCCGGAGGCUGCAGCCCCCUGACCUUCGUGUCCGGUGGCUGCCGUCCUCAAAACCUUGUGUCCGGCAGCUGCUAUCCCCUGAGUUCUGUGUCCAGCGGCUGUAGCCCCGUGUCAUACGUGUCCAGCAGCUGUCGCCCCGUGACUUUCCUUUCCAGCAGCCGGCCCCAAAACGUAGCGUCCGGCGCCUGCUACCCCCUGAGCUCCGUGUCCAGUGGCUGUAGUCCCCUGGGCUACGUGUCGAGCGGCUGCCGGCCCCUGACUUACGUGUCCGGCAGCUGCCGGCCCCUGAGCUCCGUGUCCAGCGGCUGCCGUCCAUCCUGUGCCGAACCGAGCUGCUGA